AAGAUGAAGGUUGUUCACACCGUCCUGCUCUUUGCAGCUCUAACAGAAGCAGCUACUUGUCUGUUCACUAAAAGGUACACUUUUGUGAACAGUGCUCUGAAUUGGAACAGCGCUCUGAAAUUAUGCAGGAAACAUUUUCUGGACCUGGUGAGCAUCAACUCGCAGACAGAUCUAAUUAAUAUUAGCGAGAAUCCUAAUAUUGCUCAAAGGUGGAUCGGCCUGAGCAGGAGCCUGCAGGAGACUAACUUUACCCAGUGGUCUGAUGGAAGCAAUGUAGAAUUUACGAAUUGGAAAUCUGGUGAGCCGAAGAAUUCGAACAAUUACCUUUGUGUGACUUUGUACGAAUCUACGUUUGCUGUUGAAAAUUGUUCAAAGUCUCUGCCGUUCAUCUGCUACAAAUGGAUUCCUCAGAUAAUCAUGGUGCAGGAGAUGAUGAACUGGGAAGAUGCGCUGAAUUACUGCAGAACGCACUAUAAUGACCUGGUAAGCCUGAGCACCAACGAUGAUCUGAUUGCAAUCAAGAAAACGAACCUGACUAAUCCGUCACCGAGUCUCUGGACAGGCUUACGCUUCGUGAAUGGUCUAUGGUUCUGGGUGAACCAGGAACCUCUGGGGAGCCUGGUCUCGAUGUCCUCAUGCCCCAUCAGACCAUUCCAUUGUGGAGCCCUGAAAGCUGAUGGUUAUAUUUCGGAGAGCAGAAACUGCAGUGAUAAAAUGGCCUUCAUUUGCUACUAACAAAAAGGGCGUAGCGCUUUACUGCAACCAAAAACAGGACAAAAUGGAAAAAGAAAGGAAAAAGAGUGUGAAGUGUGAUGUACAUCAUUGGAUAUUAUUAAUAUAUUCUCUGUCCUUUAAUAUAAUCAUUCUCUAGAAAUAAGCUAUAAGCACAUUUAAUCAUUUCUGCUUUAGAUUUUUAGUUUAAUAUAGUCUAAACGAAUUCACUAGAAAUGUUUGCCUUUUAUGAUGA